UUUGUAGUAAAUGAUGUAAUUCAGAGAGAUUGGCAAGGAGCAAUGGCGACUAUUUCCUAGUUAUAAAUAGUCUGACAUUUCUAACAUUGAUAAUUGGCGACAGGCAAAGGAGUUAAAAGUUCUCUCUGAUCUUGAAAAAAUUUCUUGAGAUAUUUGCAUAAUCUUGGAUACGACCUUGCAAGGGUAGGGAUUAUCUGUCAGAAUUUGUUAGGAAUCAAGAUUAAUUCUUGCCACUCCUUUUAUCGACAAGAGAAUGAAAGUAAUGAAGUCUCAAGCAUCUAGUGAUCCAUCUUUACUUUUUAGACCGACGAAUGAAGUUGGAGAAUGAUGUAUUAUAAGAAAUCACUCUUAGGAAACGAAUUUUUUGGAAGAGGCAGCACUCAUCUUUAGGAGCUCCCUAUUUGAUGCUAAUUAAAGCCUUCAUACACAGAUCGAAAUUGGAGUCGAGAUCUCCCUUAAUGAGAGUUGAGAAGAGAGUUCACCUAAAGAUUAUAGAAAUUUCUUUUCCGAAGGCAGAGCCAAAAAUUUCUCCAACCAAAAUUAAAAACUUGUCGCUGACACUAAUUCCAAAGUCAGCAGCGUCCAAGGUCCAGGGGUAAUAAAAUCCUGGGAGGAGUACAACAAAUUAUAGGUGAAAGUAUUACCUUUAAGAAAAGUACUUUAUAAUUCUCCAACUACUUUAUAAGGCAUCAACAAUGUUAUGAUCAAUAUUGCUCAUGGAUUUCGUCAAACUGAGAACUUUUCAACAGGCAGUAAUCUUACCUCCGGUCGUAUAGGGAUUACAUCACGCUAGGUUAGCUAUUAUCCAGGAACCUGAUUGGGUUAAUGAAUUCAGAUUAAACUAUCCAAUUAGAAGUUAGAACUCGAGUUCUUGUCACUGAGGAUUUAUGAAGGCCUAAUUUCAACCGUCAGAGACUUACUUACUCUUCUGUCCAAAAGUUAAUUUCCCUCCCUGCUCAGAUUCAUACUGGGAAAAUCAAAUUUAAAGAGAAAGCCAGCAACUGUCAUUGAGGAAGAAUCGAGAAAAUUAGUGGUUA